AUGAAGUUUGUGAUAGUUGGAGGAGGAAUUGCUGGAGUUUCAUGUGCUUCGCGACUACAACAGUUCGAGGAUCCGGAAGAUGACAUCGUUUUGAUUUCAGGAAGCGGUUAUGUGAAAUGUAUUUCAAAAUUAGAAAAAGUUGGACAGUUCACAGAGUUUUUGGAAGUAGAAACAGUAAACAAUAUUGCACAAGACAAACGUAUUCGAUUAAUAUUCGCAAAAGUUGUAGAGUUUUCCCCACAGGAGAAGAAGUUAUUGCUUAACAAUGGAGAGAUUGUGUUCUAUGAUAAGCUAUGCAUAGCUACUGGUGCUACUCCAAAAGUUACUUGUUCCUCCAGAAAACACCAUGUUCUGAGAGACACGGACACUGUCAAAGACUUUUCUAAAAGUCUUCAAGCUUGCAAAAGUAUUGCUAUUGUUGGAAACGGAGGGAUUGCAACAGAUUUAAUUUACGAAAUUGGAUGUUGUCAUUUGGAUUGGAUAAUCAAAGACAAAAGCAUAUCCUCCACUUGGUUCAUACCCGAGGUAGAACAGUUUUUAGAGAGCAGGCUGAAGGCUGGACGAACAGAUAAUAAAAAGAUAGCUGAAAGUAUAGUAGGAACCACAAGUUUCAGCUCCAGCACUGCCGAUAACGGCGUACAUGGAUGUGCUCCCGGUCCAGAUUGGAAAGAAACUGUUUCAUUCCUUGGUUCAUCUGAUGCGAGAGAUGUUCGCAUAUACAGAAAUUGCGUCAUCACGGACAUCAGAAACGAGCAGGAGCAAGUGGAGCUUAUUACUUCGAACAAUGAUCACAUAAACGCUGAUAUAGUAUUGUGGGCGACUGGAGUGGAACCUGAUUCUCAAAUUUGGAGCAAAUGUGGCUCAUUGAAAAUUGCAGAUGAUGGCGGUAUAUUAGUUGAUAACGCAAUGAAAACAUCAAUAGAUGAUGUGUAUGCUUGUGGUGAUGUGUGUACACCAUCUUGGAUCGGUCAAUCAGAGAAUUGGAAACAGAUGAGAACUUGGACACAAGCUCGUCAAAUGGGAGAUUAUUGCGCUCGCUCCAUGAGUUCGAAAGUUCCAGGUUUAGAUUUAGACUUCUGUUUCGAAGUUUUCGCUCAUGCGACAUAUCUCUUCGGGUAUAGGUGUAUCUUCCUAGGAGAUUUUAAAGGUGAAAGACACGAAAACUGGUAUAUAAGAGAGAGAAUAAUAGAAGAAGACAGUUAUGUUUGCUGCAUAAUGAAAGAUCACCGAGUAGUUGGGGCUACAUUGAUUGGAGAAACAGAGCUCGAGGAAACUCUUGAGAACCUCAUAUUAAAUAGGACAAGUUUAGAACUUAUCGAAGAGAAUUUUCUGGAUCCGAAUAUAGAUAUACAAGAUUUCUUUGAUUGA